AAUUGCAUAAAUAUUCCCAUUUUUGUGCUGAUUUUUGCAUUUUGAUUCAAUGGGUAUUGUUCCUUUAAUGCAUUUUGAAGAACCUAUGUCUUGAAAAGUUGAUUAAUUUGUGUUUAAGAAAACACCCUGGGUACUGGGUCUUUUGUAUUUUUUGCAAUAUGUGAUGUAUUUGUAUCUUUGAUUGAUAUAAUCUUCAAUUGAAAUAAUCUUCAAUUCUGACUUUUGUUGGGUUAAAAUGUUCUUUGUUUGAUUUGAGUGAAAAAUGACCUAAUUUGUUAUAUUUUGUAUUUGCCCAAGUUUGUAUCUUGUUUCUAUUUAAGAGAAAUUCAAACUUAAAAUGCAUUCUAAAUAUUGUUUAAUGAAUUCCAUAUAAAAUUUUAUGGAGCUUAUUUGAAAUCUGUAGUUUUCUUUGUUUGGAAUUGAAAAAAUUAUUGAUUCCAAACUUGAGGAUCCAUUUGUAAAUGCAUUUAAGUAUGAACUUUAUUCCCAAAUGUUUUGAGUUCCGGUUUUGAUACAUUAAUUUGGUUAGAAAUCCCGACCUUAGCAAUAGCUUCACCAUCUAUGGUGAUUGUUAAUGGAUCAGGUAAAACUAUUUCAAUUUUGACAGAGCCGAGGGCAGUGUACCUUGCUAUUGUUAGCAAAACAUAGGUAGUUUUCCUUGAUCCUUAAUAUCGAAUUGCCUCGAUAUUCAUCCGUAGUUACUAACUAGAAGAGAUUCCAAACCAUAGAUCAUUCACUUCCCUCGAGACAUGUCCGGCUAAGGCCAAACUCGUUGCAUGAAAAAACUCCUUUGUCUUGUGAAAAUCAGUCAGAUACUUUGUUCUUUUAAAGUGUUUUGAAUAGGUUGUUUUGUAUUAUUGUUCUCAGACAUGACCCCGAACAUGAAGAGAAGGUUCAAGUGGUAAACGUUAUACAUGAUAAAACAAAAUGUGAUAUCACAAUCAUAAAAUUUCAAGGGAUUGUCUUACAUUUGUGUGAAUUUCAUUUUAUGUUACUAAAAAAAAAUGGCCUGUUAGUAUAGUUUCGUUACUAUUUUUGCUAUUAUUUAUGCCAUGAUCUGCUUGGUUUUUAUGAAUCUGAUCAAAUUUUACGUUAUUUUCGGUUUAAGCCAAAAGCUAACACUGAUAUGUUUGUUUGUCUGGGCUUGUGCUUGUCAAUUAUGGAAAAGCAGUAUGCAUUAAAUUCCAAAAAGAAAAGCUAUAUCUGGUCAUUCAGAAAAAAAAAAAUCACCAGAUGGGUCAACAAACAAUAGACUCUAAAGUUAGUGAAUACGGGCUGCGGAAUCCUGAAAGUAACUUGCCGACUUGUGAUAAGCAACCUCUGGUUGGUACAAAGAAGACACCAUUAAGAGAUCUGCAGAACGAAAACAGAACUGUGCCGUACUCUACGGGAAGCUCUUCAUUUUCUAAAGAUAGAGGACCUGUUAUCGAUCCUGCUAAGGUUUCUGGAAAUAAGAGACCAGCCCCUGAAUGUCCUGUGAGUCCUUCACGCUGCCAAUCUCCGAGCAGUAGUGCUAUAAACGGGCAUCUUGUUUAUGUGCGUAGAAAACCCGAAGCAGAAUUAGCGAAAAACUGUGCUUUGGACUGUAGCAGCACAAGUAAUUGCCAACAGCCGAGGCCUGCAGGUGGUCAAGUGGAGGAAAUUAACCAACAAAAGCCCCAAAUAAAGGAGCCUAAAGUUUCUUGUUUUCCAGCAUUUGCACCACUUCCGAUGGCGCCCUUGACAAGUUCAUCUGCCAAACCUUCAGUGCCUAUACCUCUCGGAAAAUCUGCUACGAGAUUAGCACCACCCUUGGAAUCCAAUCAACAUACGCUCGAUUCCUCAGCCUCUGCAUUGGAUAGUCCGAAUGGAUUUAAGAAGCUUCACUGGGAAGAGCGGUAUUAUCAUUUGCAGAUGCUAUUGAAAAAGUUGGACCAGUCCGAUCUAGAGGAUUAUACCCAGAUGCUUCAAUCACUUUCUGCAGUUGAACUCAGUAAACAUGCUAUAGAACUCGAAAAAAGAUCGAUUCAGCUCUCACUGGAAGAAGCGAAAGAGUUGCAGCGUGUUGCCGUUUUAAAUGUCCUGGGAAAAACCAUGAAGAUAGCUAAAGCACCCUCGAAUCAACCGGAUCAAUCGUACAAAUAAAAAGUAUCACAAGGUAACCAAUGUUGUAAGUUGUAAUAGAAAAACCGGUGCACAAACGUGCGCACUUGUUCUGAUCUUCGUUCUUUGUAGUUGUUCUGCAGUUGCUGGCUAAUGCGGUAUUUACUGUAGUUUUAUCUCGAAAAUUCCGUGUAUUUUCAUAGCGAAAAGGUACGGACAGUACACUUAAAACUGUAUUGUCAUAUGUGUUCUGAAAUGAUCCUUUUUUAAGUUUCUUUCUUCUUUA